AUGACCGGCGCAGCACAUGUUUCUAUGCUCAUCAUCGGCCGCAUGCUCGUUGGAUAUGCUGUCGGUACAAUCACAGGGGUCGCACCGGUCUUUGGAGCAGAGAUUGCAAAGGUGAGUACGGUCUUCUAUGUGUGCGCCUGGGGCUUUUUUGUCGCCCUGUGGACGGGAGUAGGGGAAGGCAAGUGGCAUAACCCCAAUCAGUGGAGGGCCGGCUUUGCUAUCCAGAGCAUUCCAGCCCUCGCUCUUGGGGUAGGAGUCCUCUUCAUCAGUGAGUCGCCAAGAUGGUUGUGCCUGAAGGGCCGUCACGAAGAAGCCGAGAAGGCCUUUCGCAGUUACCAUCACAACGGAUCCAAUGAUGAGUGGUGCAAAGAAGAGUUCAGGCGUAUGCAAGCCAACAUUGCACUCGAGCUACAGGCCCGGGAGCUCCUCAAGACACCGGCCUUCAGAAAGUCUCUUUUUGUCGGAUCUUUUGUCUGGGUGGCCGCGAUUCUGAGUGGCAUCAGCUUCAUCCAGUAUUUUCAACCGGCCAUCUAUGCAACACUGCAGUACAAUCAGGGUCAGCAGCUUCUCAUAAGCGGAUUAUAUGGAUCGGUGGCUCCGGUGGCGUGCCUGGCGUCCCUAGUGUUCGUGGAUCGCAUCGGUCGAAAGAAGAUCCUGGUCUCCAGCGCUUCGCUCUUGUCACUCUGCUACCUUAUUAUCACCAUCACCGCCGCUGUCUUUCCGGCUCGACCAGGGCUACCAACAAUUGAGGCAGCUCAGCGCGGACUCAUCGCCUGCAUCUUUGUUGUAUCGGCCAACUACUCAGCUCUUCUGGGCCCAAUGACUUGGAUCAUUCCGUAG